AUGAAGAUUGCCCUCUCUCAUGCCAUGAGGCAGCUUAUCAAGAAAGAUAUUGAGGAAUGGCACAAUCAAGUAUUAGUUUUAGGUAUCACAACAGACAGACAGGCAUCUCAUUUGUAUUCUUUGCACUGCUCAUCAAUCAGCUUGAAUGGUAAAUCAAUAACUCUUUCAAAUUUUACUCUUUCAUUCAUUGGAUCCUAUAAGCACGAAGUUGUUAUGGAUCGAAUUCAUCUCAUUGCUAGAAUUAUGACAGCUCUCAUUUAUCCAAAUAAUGAAGAGGUUACCGAAUAUUUAACUACACAACGCCAAAUAAGUAUGAUGUCAUCCAACCAAAAGAAUGAAAUUUCAUUUCCUAAAUUAGAUGCAGACAAUCAAUUGAUAGAAUACGACAAAAAUUUUGACCCAAUCCAAACCCGCUCAACUCUCAAAAAGGGGAAAAUUAAUGGCGUUGAGUAUUUUAUUAAAUACCAACCAAAUAUUAACAUUAAUGAGGAUUCUAUAAGAUAUAACUUCCUAACUCUGUAUGCUCCAAUGAUUGACGGGAAUUUUUCACUUUCAUUAGCUGGUAAAUGUAUGACUAGGUUCUUUAAUAAGGGAAAGAAGAUUAAUAUUAUGGCUUUUUUCAUUGAUUUGCUUGUUCAGGUCUGUUUCUUACAAAAACAGCAAAUUACACAUAAUGAUAUCAAACCAGAAAAUAUUGUGUUGUAUGAUAAGCAUUGGUUUAUGAUAGAUUUUGAAAUAGCAACGAAAUUUUCGCUUGAAGAUGGAAUAUGUGUAGAUAAGAACUUGAAUCCACUGACAUCAAAGAAUUUUUCAGAAGAGAAUAAUGCUACUCCAAAGGUUGUUCAUUUAAAGCAAAAGGCAGAAAUUGUUAAAACAUACUUUCAAGAUAAGGACUACUUUUUGAGGAAGCACAGUCCAAAACGUGAAGAUAGUGUCAGUAGAACCCUAGCCUUUUGA